CUGGGGACAGAGGAGCUUCUGGUGUCCAGCCUGAACUUCCAAGAUGUAAUAUGCUAUUGUUGUCUCUGUUGUAUUCUCUGGCAUGAAGAGCUUGGCUCCAUCAUAUUUGUAAAUGCCUUAGAAGUAAUUGUAGGCUGCAUUGGCUGCCUCUUACACUCUUGGCUGGACUAAACAUGCCCAGAUCCCUCUGUCUCCUUGUGUAGGCCAUAUGCUUUGGCCUCUGUCUCAGUAGCCUCUUCAGUUUCCUCCCCAUCCUCCUGAUCUGGGAUGCCCAGAGCUGGGCACAGCACUCCUGGUGCAGCCUCGUUAGUGUCAGCGGCGGGAGCAUAAUGACUGCCUGAGAGAAACUGAGGCUACACUCAUCCAAAUGUGGCCCAGAGCACGGUAUCUUAUUAACAGUGUUCAGCCUGCAUAUAUAAGAGCUCUACACUUCAGAUUUCAGAUCUCACCUUGUGUAGUGUGUGGACAGUCAAAUGGAAAGCUUGUGGUGUAGCAAGCACUUCAGUGCUUCUUGGACCAUUAUCAUAACACAUAAGCGUAGUAUAUUUUAAAACAUUAAAGCAAAAAUACAUUGCAUUACAUUAUUCCACUUAGAAGGGAUGUUUUAUGAAAGUGUCUCAGACUUUUUUCCCCUUUUUUUGUGAAGAGCUAUGGUAAUUCAGAUAAAUUGAAUUAAACCUGACUGUACUUUUGAGCCUUUUGGUAUAGACUUUUUUACAUUGAUGCAAGAUUUCGGGAGAAAUAAUUCUCUGGAUGUUUCUGGAUUGCAUUCUGUUCGUGAAAAUAAGUGGUAAUUACACCACACGUUUGUGUAAUAUUUCAAAGAUACACUUAAAUAGCGAGAAGGAUAGUAUUAGUUUGGUGUAAUAAAUUAAAUUACAGAUUUCACACUUCCUUAGAUUUUUUUAGAUAAAAACAUUAGCGAUCUGUGACCAUGAUUCUAUGAGCAGACAUCCGACUCAGAUAUAUCAGCUCUGGUUGUGGCUCUAAAGCAUUGUUAGAUUUGCAUAUAUGUCUCGUUUUUGCAACAAUAUGGGAAAUGCCAAAUCAGUUGUAAUCUAUUGUUUUGUUUCAGUGCAGUUACACAAAUAAUGCCUUACCUGCGGUAGAUGUUCUCCAUCAUUUAUCGGUUGACACUUCAUUUUUCAUCACAUGGCACUCAGAGCUAGUGAUUUACAACAGUUUUGUUCUAUUUUUGGAAAUAAUGUAGCAACAGUGGUCUCAACUCAGUUACAGUAUAACAAAAUUCAUCACAUAUCUUAGUCUUGUGAAAGAGAAUAAAAUUUAUUGUCUACACAAGACUUCACUACUAACCAAAUUGACUUCAUAUUUGAUGUAUGUAUGUACAAGUGGUAUGUUUUAUAUAAACGUGUUCAGAUUACCUUGGACAUACUGAACUUAAUAAUAAUUUUGGUGUCAUUGCCACCAUAUUGUACUUCAUUAUCAAAACAUGCCAUUUUGUAUGGUAAGAAUAACAUGGUAUCAGAACUAAGUAUAUGGAGGCGUAGGAGGUAUAGGAGGAAUCACCUGGGCCACAGAUAAAUAAUGCUAUUAAUGAUAAAUAAUGGGUUCAAGAUACUAUUAGAUUAAAGAUGGUAAAGAAAGUUAUACAUUUGAGACAAAUUUGUUAGUUUGUGUUAUCAAUUUGUUUCUGAGUAUUGUAAUCUCUUUCAUCUUUGGUAUAUCUCAUUUUUCCAUGGUGUUUCUUAUUUGUAAAAUUCAGCUUUCUGGAAACUAAAUAGAGGUCAAAACAAUAAAGAAAUUCUGACUGCUGAAUUACAAAAUGAAUUCAGCUCCACUAAAUUGUAAUAUGCUGCAACAUUCAAAUGUGUAUGAAGCAUAAUUUUGACACAUAAAAACACAUUUAUGUGAUUUUACAUGUAUUGUUACACAUGCUAAUGCUUCCAUCUGUUUGUACAACAUACAAUUUGGGGAUUAGAUCCCAGCACCUGAUUUUCAUAAGCGCUCUAUGAGUGAUAAGGGUUCAUUUUUAAGUGAAAAAUCUGUAUCCCUGACUAAAAGAAUAGUUUAUAUAAAUAUUGUUAAUAGCAUCUUUUUCCACAACACAGAUACAAUAGCAGAAAGGAGGGCCCUAAGAGAACAUGUGUAUCCUAAGCUGAGGGAAUUCUGCAGAGAAAACUAUGGCCUGGAAUUUCAGGUCAUAGACUUGUACUGGGGAGUUGAAGCAGACGAAUGGGACAGUCCUGAGCUGCAAAAGACUCGCAUGAAGCUGCUUGAAGAUUGUUUGAAAAGUUCUGCAGGUCCAUGUUUUGUUGGCCUAUUGGGAGAGAAGUAUGGGAACAUCCGAAUACCAGGGGAAGUUGAGUCAGCAGAAUUUGAAAUGAUCCUGGAUGCUGCUAUAGAGGCCAAGCUAGAGACAAGGAUUUUAGAAGAGUGGUACUGCAGGGAUGAGAACGCAGUGCCACCAGCAUAUUAUCUCAGACCAAAAUCAGAAAUGCUGAAGAACUACCAGAAUACGAUGGAAUCUUCUUCGAAUUCUAUGAAUGAGAACAAAUGGCAAGAUAUAUCAGAAGAGAUUAAGAAGAUUUUUAAGACUGCUGUGAAAUUGCUAUAUGAGAAAGGAAAAAUGAAACACAGCCAAGCAAAGAGAUAUCUUUCCUCUGCUAUUGAAGAUGAACUUGAUUUUGCCUUGGGUAAACAAACACCAGCUUUCCUAAAGAAGUGUGUUUGUUACAUCCGGAAAAUUGCCAACAUCGAGCGUUUUGUUAAAAUUCCAGAGAUGGGAAAAUACAUGGACGUGGUACAUAAAGCUGGGAAGUUUCUACGAGAUCCUGAGGCCCAUGAGAAACUGAUCAAGCUCAGGGAUGAAUUCAUUCCUACCAUUGUUGCAUCGUCCAAUCUGAGAGUGUACACAUCCGUCACUCACUGUGACAUGAAACUGGGUUACUCCCAAGAAGUGGAGAGCCAUUACAUUGAAGGACUUGGUAAACAGUUCUAUGAAGACAUGAUUGAUAUAAUCCAAGCUACAGUGCAGCAGAAUUUUGACACGGAGACAGACAUGCUGUACGAUGAAGUUCUUCAACACUCAUCGCUAUGUAAAACAUACUCCACUUUUUAUGAAUAUAGAUGUGAGGCAUUAAACAUAGUCCACAAAUACGUUUUACCUAGAAAAAUAGGACACAUUAACCCUCUUAUCAUAUAUGGAGGACCAUGCACAGGGAAGACUCUUUUGCUAGCUGAAGCAGCAAAGAAGGCCUAUUCCUGGUUGCAAGAAGAGAUGGGACCAGAUUCAGACCCUGUGGUAGUUAUAAGAUUUUUGGGAUCCACUGAAACAAGUACAGAUCUGAAGAAUAUACUUCAAAGCAUAUGUGAACAACUAGCAGUCAACUAUCGUUGCCUUGUACAAAGUUACCCAAAAAAGAUUCAUGACCUUCGGGACUUGUUCAUAAAUCUCUUGAAUGAGUCUUCAUUUCACAGGCCACUGGUGAUUAUAUUUGAUGCUUUAGAACAGCUAACAGAUAGUGAUGAUGGUAGGAAGCUUUGGUGGCUUCCCGUUCACCUUCCACGUUCAGUACGGAUAAUUUUGUCAACACUGCCAAACAAGCAUGGGAUCCUGCAAAAAUUGAGGUGCCUUAUUCAUGAAGAAAGCAACUAUAUCGAAUUGACUGCAAGGGACAGAAAGAUGUGUAGUCAAGUACUGAAACAUCAGCUGCUGCGAGUUAAAAGGAAAGUAACAUCAGGGCAACAAAUCUAUGUCAAUGAGGCAUUCUCCAAGUGCACACUGCCUAUGUUUGUGAACUUAACCUUCAGAGAGGUCAGGCACUGGAGAUCUCAUAAGGAUGUGGAUGAGUCCUCCCUCUGUGUUAAUGUCCAUGAAAGCAUAGAGCAGUUGUUUUGGUCAAUGGAAAACAAGUGUGGGUCAAGACUAUUGUCAAGAGCACUUGGCUACAUCACUAUGUCCAAAUCUGGCCUGAGUGAAAUGGAACUGGAGGAUAUUUUAGCCCUUGACAACAGUGUUAUGUAUGAACUGAAUGAGAGAGUCAGAGAGAGCAACCCACUGAGAAUUCCAUAUAUAUACAUUGCAAGACUUAAAGAGGGCUUACAGGGGUAUUUAAUAGAGCGACAGGUGAAAAAUGUAACGCUGCUUCUUUGGGCAAAUAGGCACUUGCAACUAAUUGCCCAGAAAUUGUACCUGCACAAUGAAGAAGACUUGCGUGAAAUGCACACAGUCAUGGCAGAGUAUUUCCUUGGUGUUUGGUCAGGUGGACGAAGAAAACCUUUUUACAGCAGUGACCAAUAUCUGAGCGGUUGUCCUGGCCAUGACAGUAGAGGCCUGAAUGAGGAUGAAAAGCACUGCAUGGAUCAGGCUGCUUUUGACAGGCAGGCACCAGAUCAGCCGUGGGUCUUCCAGUGUAACCCAUUGGAACCUGAUAUCUUUUUUAUUAAUCACAGAAAAAUGACAGAGCUUAUUCAUCACUUAACAAGAUGUGGAAGAACUGAUGAUCUUCUGUACGGAGUCAUCAUGAACUUCAGCUGGCUGUACACCAUGAUCAGAAUAGGGCAGUUUGAUAAAGCACUUUCUGACAUAGACCUGGCUUACACUUACUCUCAAGAAAAGGAGCUGAAAUUUCUGGCCAGUACACUCCGCAGUAUAAAGUUCAAAGUAGUGAAAUACCCAGGUUCACUCUCAGCUGAAUUGCAGCAGAGACUUCUCCCAGUAGUAAGUUCAUUGCCCAAACUCAGACAUCUCCUCCUAGAAUGUGACAAGGAUGGACCCAAGUACUGCUCUAUCGUCCCUUUGCAUUCCUCCAUGGACGUGACUUACAGCCCCGAGCGCCUGCCGCUGUCAUCCAGCUGCAUGCAUGUCACUGAGAUUUUGCCUACAUUUAAUCCCAGCACAAUUAUUGCUGCUUUAGAAAACGGCUCCAUUAGCACCUGGGAUGUAGAAACCCGCCAGUUACUAAGGCAAAUUACAACAGCUCCCUCUGUUAUCUUAGGGAUGAAGCUUACUAGUGAUGAAAAGUACCUUGUAGUAGCUACAACAAACAACACUCUUUUGAUAUAUGAUAACAUAAAUUCCUGUCUUCUGUCUGAGGUGGAAAUUAAGGGGUCAAAACACUGUGGAAUUGCUGGGGACUCCAGUUUUAUAAAUGGAUUUACAUUAUCGGUCAACCAUGCACUUGCUUGGCUGGAGGCCAGUAAAGAUGUUACUGUAAUAGAUCUGCUUUACGGUUGGCCUCUCUAUCACUUCCACUGCUGGUACGAAGUGACCUGUGUGCAGUGUUCUCCAGAUGGAGUUUAUGCAUUCUGCGGGCAGUACUUGAACACCACCACCAUUUUCCACUUGGGCAGUGGUGAGAAGCUGACCACCGUGACCUCUGAAUUUUCAAGUGGAUUUGUGAAAUUCCUUCUCAUUUUGGACACAGCCCAAGAAAUGGUGAUGGUGGACAGUGAAGGUAGCCUCUCUGUUUGGAAUACAGAGGAAAUUGCAAAACCCCAGCUUACAGAUGACUUUGACUGCAGAAGAGAAGACAGCGAAGUUGUCAGCAUAGAACUUUCUGAAGACCAAAGUGCAAUUUUAAUUUGUAAGGCUCUCAGCAUUGAGCUUCUUGACACUCAUGUGUGGAAGGUGGCUGAAAAGUUUAGAGCUAAACACAACGAGCGCUUUAUAUCUGCCGUGUUGUCCAAAAAUGGCAACUGUAUAAUUGCUUCAAUGGAAAAUACCUCAGCCAUUUUUGUUUGGAGAAGAGAUACUGGACAGUGUAUGGCAAGCUUACAGGAAAUCUCAGGAACUAUAGUCAGGCUAAUUAAAUCAAAUCAUCAUAACAUGCUGCUAUCCUUAUCCACCAGUGGUGUCCUUUCUAUCUGGGAUAUAGACAUCAUAACUGCUAUGUCCAAUAUUGACAAAUCUGGCAAACCUAUCCAAAGACUGGUGUUGCCAGCCAGAGGUGAAUUAAUAUACACAUUGGAUGGAUCAGAUUCUGUCCAUAAGUGGAACUUCAGCACUGGAUUUAUUGAAGCUGUGUUCAAGCAUGAAGGUAUUGUUGAAAACUGUGUGCUGACCUCUUCUGGAGAGAUAAUGGUAACUUCAGAUGAUAAAUGCAGCCAGUAUGUAUGGCACACAGUUAGUGGUGAAAAUAUCUUUCGCAUCAAUGGACAAAAAAUCUCAGAGCUAAUGAUUACUCAUAAUGAUCAGUUUGUCGUCUCUCUCUGCGAGCAAAAUGCAUCCAGAGUUUGGCGACUGGCUACAGGACAUAGGGUUUGCAAUAUUUUAGUUGCCUUACAGAAUGCAUUUAUAACAACUGCAAAUACAUUUGUAGUUGGAAUGGCAAAAAACAAAGUGUUGGCAGUGAGUCUCUGGACAGGCAGUAUAACAAAGAAAUUUUGCUGUGAUGAUGGUGCAAGCAUUGUGGAUAUUAAGUUGAUACCAGACUGCCCAGAUAUUGUAGUAUUUAUAACUUCUACUGAAACUGUGAACAUUUGGAGCCUAACAGAGGAAGUAAUCUGCAGACGUGUACAAUUGCCCACCAACUUCUUAAAAAAAUUGGAAGACUUUGAAAUAUCUCCAAAUGGGAAGCUGGGAAUUAUAACCCGUGGUGAUGAGAACAUCAAUGUGCUUGAUUUAUACAGCGGCAAACUUCGUGUGGUUCACGCUCCGGGUGUCAUCUGGCGGCAGAGGCUGUCUCGCGAUGGCCGCUACCUGGUGUACAUUUGUUGUCGCGGGGAAGAAGAUGAUGAUAAUGGUGCAGUCUCUAGUUUAAUUGUAAUGAGGCUAGCAGAUGGCAAAAACAUUGGUGCCUGUUCCCUUUAUAAAACUCCCACUUUUCUUGCACUCUCACAGAGACAUUUAAACAUUAUUAUUGGAUUUGAUGAUGGAAGUAUAGGUACUUACACUGUAGUGGAUCGUGUUGAUGCUGCACUGAAAAUCAAAAUUGCUACUUCAAACAGCCGUCAGAUUUUCAACAACACAACACAAGUGAUUAGGCCAAAGUGUCACAAUUAUAGUUUCAAGGUCACUGCAGACUGCAUUUGGAGGGAAUCAACGGAAGUAUUUGCAAGGGAUAGCCCCAUUACAGUUACAGAGGCUGAGGUGAGUGAAGCAACACCAACCAAAAGACACAGCUACUGCUAUGAGAAAGUGUGCUCAGCCAUAGAUUGCAGAGGACACAGUUUUGCAUCUGACAACUGAGUAACCAUCUGGACAAUCUUAUCUGAAGAGUACACUGGCUUAGGUAUGUCUUCUGAAUUCAUGUAAAAAUCAGUUUCUUGGAAGACAGAUAGAAACAGCAGAGGGCAGACCAGCUGUUUUUUCCUGUCUUACAUUUCUGUAAACAUAAAAGCAAACAUAAAGCAAAUGGGCUGCAGGGUUUUUUUUUAAUUUCGGAAUACAAGGUUUAGUCCAGAAUUUCACCAGGGCCUUGAUUAAAAAUUUCUAGCAAUACUAUCAAAAUUGUUAUGCUAUUACAGAAGUUAGGUGAUCAUAUCUGUGGUUGACAAACUGUUGUAACUAGAAGUAAGGCUCUAAGUGAUUGGUGAGAAGUCAGACCACUAUUUUAUAUUCCAAGUCACCUAGAUGGGUCUAUAGCUAACAGUCAACUUUAUACCCACUUGCAAAAAUGUGUUUUUCUGCUUGAUGGUGCAAUGACAAGAUGUCACCUGCCAACCUGGAACACUUGAUACAUUCCAUCAUCAUUUUAAAAAUACUUACUUUUAUUUUUCUUUUUAAUUGGGAUUAAUCUUUGGGCUGAAAGGAGUAGGUUCCAGUCAGCUGCUAACAUGUCAGCAUAUGAGGCAACAAGUAUUUGUUCACCUUAAUGAACAGAAUGAAAGUUGUUCUUUUUUAAAUGCAUGCAGGGAUUUCAGGUUUCUGUAUUGUGAUAAAAAUUAGAAAAGUCCUGAGUUUUAAAGGAAGUGUAGGGAUUGGGGUUUUAUUUUUGGUUUGGGGAAAAGUUUCGUCUUCAUAGUGUAUAUUAGUACAGGUCAUAAUGAAAAUUUUUCAAAGAGAAGGGGUGUUACUGAUGAACACUUAAAGACAUUAAUUUCUUUAUGUUAAAAGUUUGCUGUCCAUUUUGUUGUAAGACAGUCUAAAGUAUCUCUAUGUCUCCAAAGUAAUCCUGGUAGUUUUCAGACAUGCCAUGUAUUAGUCCUUAUAACAUUUGCCUUAGUAUUGUUUCUGUUCUUUCCCAUGAUAAAUACAGAUCAAAUGACCAAACACUCUAGGACUGUUUGUGUAUCUGCUGAAAUAUUCCACUAAAUGUAAAGGCUGUCCAGAGGUCCUUUCCUAGUCCAGUUUGUAAUGGGGUUUUCUUACUUCCACAUACAUACAAGCUUCACUUUCUGCUUUAGAAACUGUUCUGAGCCUUUUGUACAGUUUUACCAGUUUCAAGGCAGAAAUUGUGAAAUAAUGACAAAUUCUGUAAAAAAAUUUACAUUUUCCUAAGUAAGAUUAUGUACUGGACAACAUCUGAAAGGAUAAGAAAAUUUUGGCCUACUUGUGUAUCUUAAAGGUGGCACACCCAUGGAAAUAUUUUCAAAUUAUUUAAACAGAAUAAUCUUAUUUUUAAAAUCAGAAUUCCAUGUCACAAAUUUCCAAGAAAUGAAUGCUAAACUAGAACUUAAUGUAGUGUGUGAAUGUUCAGUGUACAAGCCAAUAUAGUAUAUUAAGUGACCUGAAUGAUUUUUCCUAACUGGUUUGCAACAAUAGAUCAUAUUGAAUGUUUUUAUGUAAACUUUGUAUUGUUGGGAAAACCUACCCAAUCAGAGAUUUAUAUUUUCAUAAAUGUCAAAUUUAGUUAAAUUUUGUUACAGAGUUGUUAAAUUAGAAAUCUAUUGCAGUCUUCAAACAAAUAUACAGUCUUGUGUAUGCAUUGUUUGUACUAAUAAACUAUGGAAGCAGA